GCCCAAUCGGGAAGCUGGUAGGACGCAGAGACGCGUGGACGGCGCUGGAGAAGCUAAGGGUGACACAGCGGUGACAUGCCGCGACGCCUCCGCGACACUCCGUCUGCCUUUGACCCGUCGAUGCGCCUUCCAGAAGCCGUACUGUCCGCCCACUUAUACGCGCAGGAUCCAUGUCUUUAAAUGCUCGUCGUCCCCAUCCCCAUCCCCCCACAUCGUCCCCGACGCGUGCAAACAUGUCCAACCGCGUCGACCGCGUCGUCUUCGUCGAGACCUCGAUGUCUAUGGUGCAGCUCCGCAACACGUACGCGCAGUGCGGUCACAUACUGUCCAUUUCGCCUUGGGACGCCCGCACCGACCGCAUGCACCUCACCUGUUUUGUCGAAUUUGCAGAGGAGACCGCAGUCAAGCGUGCCCGCGCCCUCCAGCCUCCGGGCACAAAGUUGCACAUCGUCUCGUUCUCUCCUCAGCUCUCUGCACACUUUCUCUCCAUUGCCGAGCCGACGUCGAUUAUGCCUUCACCCUCUUCGUCCAUGACAGAUCCGCGAGUCCCGGAGGUCAAACAGGAGCCGCGGGACAGCCCUCGUUCGUGGGCCUUGAAGCGAGUGACCGAGGACGACAUUGCGUCGUCGCCCGAGUCCACUCCCAGAAAGAAACAGCGUCGGGCUGAGAAGAGCUUGGGCGCCAAACCAUCAACUUCGCGAUUGAACGAUGGUGAUCCGCGCAACGUCCGCGCUGCUGACCCUCGAACGCCUAGAGCGACGGCAAAGCUGCCUUUUCCCUCGUCAGUCAGCCGUCAACCGAGCGGGAAAGAGAAUGAUGCGCACGCUCAGGUGGGCCAAGCGCACACUACUUCUUCCCCAAAGCGCAUGUUGCCUCUUCCCCGGAAGAAACCACCUGGCGUAUUGUCGACCCCCGCUGCGAUGCCGACCCCACGUCGAGACGCUCCUACUGGUCCCCGCACUCCUGUUCCCGGGUUGGUGGCCGAGGUUGAGAACAAGAUGGGCAACACUUCUAAUGCAAGUGGUCUCAAUAACCCCGCUGUGUCGUCCAUGAUCACCUUGACAUACAACGACCGGCCGGUGACAUGCGACCUGCGCAAACUGGAAGAGGAUCCGCGAAAAAUAAUUGCUGUAUUGAAGGUUACCGCGAGCUGCUCUCUGGAACGCGACAAAUGGAUGGUCGUCGCAGCACAAUAUCGCGUGAAACGAAAUUUUGAGGCCGCCAUCGCUGUCCUUGAGGCGAUGAUCGCAGUGAUGACCAGUCCGCCCGUCUCGCUCGCGAAAACCGACCUCAAGCCAGCCUUCCUCAUGCUCUCGAGCUGUCAUCGCGACCUUGCUGCCCUGGGCGGAGCUGGUUCGGAUAUCGCUGUCCACCGGGCCACGGAAUGUUUGCAACAGGUGUAUGGCGUGGACAUCCCUCGCGCACAGGUGACGUCCGAGUUCGCGGAGGCGAGGGCGCGCUCGUGUAUGGAUCUGCCUGGGAUGCUUUCGUCUGGUGAUGACCCUGGGGAUGCGAGGGCGCGCGAAUACCUUGCGGACGCUGGGAACCUGCCAGCAGCACCGUCAGCUCAGGAGCAAUCUCCUAGCAAACAGAAGGCAAACGGGGACUCUAUGGCAUUCAGACAGUGCCACACCGUCGACGACGAGCACAGCGGUGUAAUUGUCCCGAAUCAUACCGCGCACGGCGACACAGGUCCCGGUGCCCAACGUAUUGAACCAGAGCAGGGACGCUCGCGGGCCAACUCGCAGUCUCACUUGCGGCAGCACUCGGAGCGCGACGAGCACGGACACCUCCAAAUACUCGAGCGGGAGACUCAGGCCCUGAAGGACCGCGCCUCCGAGAUGUCCACGACACUCAUGAACGUGCGCACCGCGAAGCGCAAGCUCGAGGACGAGCUCGUCGCGGAGCACGCUGCGCGCCGGCGGGCCGAGCGCGACGCCGUGCAGGCGGACACACAGCUGGCCCGCGGGCGUGACGAGCUCGCGCGGGCACGGGAGGACGUCGCGCGGCUGACCGCCGAGCUGGGCCGCGCACGACGGGGAGAGGAAAGCGCCCUAGAGCAAGCUGCGGCGGAAGUGGAGAGCCGGCGGAAGGCGGUGAGGAGGGCGGAGGAGAUAGAGGGCGAGCUAGGCAGGCUGAGGGAGGAGCUGGGUCGCGCCAGGAGGGAGGCGGAGGAGGGCAAGGAGGAGGGGAGGAGGGCGAGGGAGGUAUGUGCGAGGCUGGGGGUGGCAUUUGCGAGGGCGGGCAGGGGCGAGGUGCCUCUCGGGUAUGGGCUCGGGCUGGGGUUGGACGGUGAUGGUCCAGGCGGGGCGGGCAGUUUGAGGCGGGGUCCGUGCGGGGAGCGUGCGCCGACGCCUGCGCACGAGAGGGGCUUCGUGGAAGAUGGGAGGAGCAGGAGUGUGUCGGCGUCGGGGCGACGAUGGGGUCCGACGCCUGUCAUCGAGAACGAGCGUCGGUGAGCAUAUCACUCUAUUCGGCGUGUCUUCGUCCGCCACAUUCGCAUCAUUUGUUGGCCCUGGGACGGUCUGCCUUUUCGGUUCGCUUUGUCGUGACUAUGUGUGUAUCCAGUAUCCGCUCCAAGCACGGACAUCGAGGGACUUUGCACGCAUGUAACUUAGAUUCAACUCGUUGUAGCUCAAGGUUCUGUGUCCUGUAGCACGCUUUCGUAUCGAAUAACUCACAGCUUUACAGUAUUCGACAUGGUCUUCACGUGGUCAUCAUCGCGUGUCAAAUGUGCGAGUGACAAAGUCUCAGGCUCCUCCCAUCUGGUCAGACGAGUUAGGGCCCUC